GCCCUCGAGGAACGUUCAGUGUCAUUCUAUAAAUGUAUGUAUGGAGCCACCUUCCAACUUCACACCUCAAACUUCAUCAUCUCUGAAAGCUUACUUCAAUGGCUGCUAGCGGUGGCUGCAAGGGCAAAUCUAUUUGCUCAAAGCAUGUCACUAUGCUCACGGCCGUAAUUAUGAGCUUUGGAGUCAUCUCCUGUUGUCUCGGCCAUGGCGGGGGGGAUCAUGAUGGCCAUCUCGGGGCGAAGGGGGGAAGCUGCAUAGAGAGCGAGAGGAGAGCUCUCCUAGACAUCAGAUCCGACAUGUAUGACUCUGGCGAAAGAUUCUCUACUUGGAUCGGUGAAGAUUGCUGUCGUUGGAGAGGAGUGGCCUGCGACAACACCACCAGCCAUGUCAUCAAACUCGACCUCCACUAUCCUUACACUCGCCAUUCCUACACAGACUAUUGGGAUGACGAUGAUGACAUUUACUUCAUGCUGAAAGAGAUGGGUGCGAGCAAGGUAAAUCCCGCUUUGCGUGAUCUGAAGCAUUUGAAAUAUCUGGAUUUGAGCAUGAAUAAUUUCUUUGGCUCCCACAUUCCCCACAUGAUUGCUUCACUUGUGCAUUUGGAAUAUCUUAACCUAUCCAAUGGUAUGUUUGAUGGACUAAUACCUCCUCAACUGGGGAACCUCUCCAACCUACACUACCUUGAUCUUGGAGGAUGUGGAGUUAAUGAUCUACGAGCUGAUGACCUUGAUUGGCUCUCCCGAAUUCCUUCUCUAAAAUAUGUUGAUAUGAGUUCUGUCAACCUCUCUAAAGCAACUAAUUGGCUUCACCAAGUUAAUUCAAUUCCCAGUCUUGAAGUAUUGCAGUUGAGUUGUGGGGCAAGCCUCCCGUAUAUUCCAGCUCCUCCGCCCCCAUUUAAUUUGACUUCAAUUGUAAAGCUGGAUCUCUCUGGUUAUUCCAACUUGAACACAACAAUUCUAAGAUGGCUCUCUCAUGCUAGCAGCCUUGCAUAUCUUGAUCUUUCUUACUGUAGUGGUAUCGAUAUUGAGUCACUACAAGUCACUCUGGGAGCUCUGAGUAAUUUGAAAGAAUUAUAUUUGCUAGACAAUCGUCUCGAAGGAGAAAUUUUUGGAAUGAUAAUGAAUGUGAGCAGCAGGUUGAAACAUUUGGAUUUAAGUUGGAAUUCAUUAAGCGGAGAUAUUGGACAAAUCUUGAGGAGCCUUGGCUCCUUGGAGUACCUUGCAUUAGAUUAUAACAAGUUCAAUGGAGAUAUUCUAGAAAUGGUGAAAAAUACCCCAAGCAGCUUACAAUAUUUAAGUUUGACAUUCAAUCACAUUACUGGAGAAAUUUCACAAAAAGUAAAGAAUCUCACUAAUUUGGAAUACUUGGAUCUCUCGUACACCACUAUUACCGAAGGUAUACUAAUGGCUUUUUGUGAUCUUAUCAACUUAAAAAGUUUGAUAUUACAAGGAAAUAAGAUUUCAGGACAAAUACCAGAAAUUAUUGGGAAUCUCACCAAUUUGAAAUGCUUGGAUCUCUCGUACAACAAUAUUACUGGAGGCAUACCAGUAACUUUUGCUGAUCUCAUCAACUUACAAAUAUUGAUAUUGGAGGAAAAUAAGAUUUCAGGACAAAUACCAGAAACUAUUGGGAAUCUCCAAAAUAUACGAUGGCUAGAUUUAUCUGAUAAUUUUUUUAGUGGGCAGAUACCAGAGACCUUCAACAAACUCUACAACUUGCAAAUGUUGGAUGUAUCACGUAAUCACCUGACAAAGUUAGUAUCUGGGACUCUAAAUAAACUAUGCAAUUUGAGUUCUAUAUAUUUGUCCUUUAACCCUAUUGGUGGAGAGCUAACAGAUUUGAUCGAUGCUUUACCAUAUUGUAACCAGGGAGCCAGUUUAGAUAUAUUUAUUAGGGCUAAUAAUUUGAGUGGGAUUGUCCCCUCAAGUAUUGGUCAAUUAUCUGCAUUACAUGAAUUGGACAUCUCCUCAAAUUUGCUGGAAGGCAACAUCACCGAAGCACACUUUUCCAAACUCAUCAAUUUAGUCAAUUUGGACAUAUCUUACAACUCCUUGAACGUGAUCCUACCCAAUGAUUGGCUUCCACCUUUUAAUGCCUACAGUAUUAUUAUGAGCUCAUGUCAUAUGAGAACUAAAUUUCCUGCUUGGAUUCAGACACAAACAAAUUUGAAAGAUCUUUCUUUAUUUGGAGUUGGACUCUUAGGCCACCUUCCAACUUGGUUUUCAGAUUUCUCAAAAAGUUUGUGGAGUCUUAACUUGAGUUCUAAUAACUUGAAUGGCCCACUACCCUCUGUUGCCAAUGUCAUCAUUGAUCUCUCCAAUAACUCAUUUGUUGGACCCAUUCCAUUAAGUUUUGCAAAUGCCUCGUACGUUCAAAUUUUAUCUUUAUCUCAUAACAAUAUCAAUGGCAGUUUUUCUCCCUUAUCCUGCAAUCUAAAUUAUCUGAAAAUCCUGGACCUAUCAGACAAUAAUUUAUCUGGAGAAAUCCCAACAUGUCAUAAAUCAUUCCCAACUUCUCUACAGUCCUUGCAUCUGAACCACAACAACCUAUCUGGAAGAUUUCCUUCCUUCUUGAAACAAUGUGAACAAUUGGUUACCCUUGAUCUCGGUGAAAAUAAUUUGUUUGAUGAAAUACCAACAUGGGUGGGAGAAAACCUUUUAUCCUUGAGAGUUCUUAGUUUGAAGUCAAACCUAUUUUAUGGUCCCAUUCCAGUGCACAUAGCAAAUCUCACUUCUCUUCAGGUUUUGGAUCUUUCUUCCAACCAUCUUUCUGGUAGCAUACCUUCAUCUCUGGGAAAUUGUAGGGCUAUGGUUGAGAUGCAACAUGAUACUACGUCAUUGCUUCAUCUUGACGCUGGUAGUUACUAUGUUGAGAGCAUAGUAAUAACGGUGAAAGGAUUUGACAUCCAAUACACCACAAUUCUCUCACUUGUAACAAGCAUAGACCUAUCAAACAAUAAUCUUUCCGGCGAGAUCCCAAGAGAGCUAACAAGCCUCCAUGGAUUGCUUUUCUUGAACUUAUCCAAGAAUCAUUUGAGAGGAACCAUUCCAGAAAAGAUUGGUUCCAUGGAACAACUGGAAUCACUUGACUUAUCGAUGAACAAUCUCACCGGAGAUAUUCCUUCCAGCUUAUCAUCUCUCACCUUCCUAAGCCACUUGAAUCUCUCUCACAACAACUUGUCAGGAAGAAUUCCAACAGCCGGUGGUCAAAUGUCGACCUUUCUUGGCGACCCGUCGGUCUAUGAUGGUAAUGAAUACCUUUGUGGUACGCCACUGCCAGAGUGCCCUGGUGAUGCAGACCAUCAAAGUCCACCUCAUGAACACGAAGAGAAAAACGGUGACAGGCUUGAAACAGUGUGGGAAAUUACCAGCAUCGUCAUGGGUUUUGUGGUUGGUUUUUGGAGUUUUGUUGGAACAAUGAUCAUGAAACAGAGCAUAAGGUUUGCGUUCUUUCGAUUUUUCGACAAGGCUUACGAUUGGUGCUACGUGCAGUUGGCAGUCGGAUGUGCAAGGUUAAAGUCCAAACAACAAAGUGUGACUUGAUCCAUCGAUCGGUGGCAAGAACCGAAGAGUUUGCUGUUACAUCUUAAGGAGGUCUCAAGUUGCUUUUCCAGUUAUUAAUUCCAGCUCGUAUGAUAUGGUGUACUGUUGUCAGAAUAAGGAAGGAAAAGGGUAUCGCAGUUGAUGGCCUUUUGCUUCAUUAGUAUGUAUGUGUUUGUUCUAAUCAGUUCAAAAACUUCAUCAUCCGUCGUUCUAAUCAAUAUGUUCAAGUCAGUCAUCCCUACCUCUGUCUUUAUGACAUUAUAAUCAAGCAGAAGAAGUAUGCUGAAGAGCUUAUUGUUACAUCUUGAGGUCGCAAGCUGCUUUCAAGUAAUGCUGUAUGUAAUCAUCAUGCAAUGCGGUCAGAAUAAAGAAGGAAGAAGUAUCAAGUAAUGCAUUCCUUCUAAUCUCUUCAAAUACUUUUUUAUCUUCCGUCGUUCUGUUAUCGCUUUCCUUUCGAAACAUUGCCUCGUUAAUUGGAUGACGACACAUGCUUUUCUUUGUGUUAUUUUAUAUGGCAGCUUCUGUUGGCAAUUUUUGUAGCUUUUAGUAGUCUUCUGUUGACAUCCAUUGUCAUGCUCGAUCUCUCUGGUUAUUAGAACUCAAGUAAUGCAAGUAUUCCAAGAUGGCUCACUAAUGCUAGCAACCUUGCACAAAUUGGCAAUCUUCAAAGUCUGCAGGUUUUACAUCUGUCUCGGAACUCUGUUACCGGGAAACUACCAGAAACAAUUGGCAAACUCGACCUCUUGCAGUUCUUGGAUAUAUCAGAUCAACCACUUAGCAGGGCAGAUGCCGAGGACUUUAAGUUUGUCGAGUUGUAGUGGAGGAGCAGCCUUGUCAUACUUACGUAUUGAGGGCAACAAAUUUAAUGGCAUUAUUCCAUAUAAUUUUGGUCAAUUUUCUGGAAUGUACAGGUUGGACCUCUCCUCCAACUCACUACAAGGCGACAUCACUGAAGCACACUUUUCCCAGCUCCUUCAACUUGGAAAAUUAGGACAUAUCUUACAGCUCCUUCAAAUUGGCUUCCCCCUUUUGAUGCUUCAUUUAUUGACAUGAGUUUCUGUCGUAUAGGAACCAAAUUUUCUACUUGGAUUCGACCCCAAACUAAUUUGAGAAGCCUUCAACUAUCUGGAGUUGGACUCGCGGGCAAAGUUCCAGCUUGGUUCUCGGAUAUGUCUACAGGAAGCAUUGCAACAAGCAAUUUAAAUGACCCCUCAAUCUAUGUUGGCAACAAAGACCUUUGUGGUACGCCACUGCCUGUGUGCCCUGGAGAUGUUGCUUAUCGAAGCCUACCUCCUGCAGCAAUUGAAGGAGAAGAAGACAGUGAUGGCGAGCUUGAAGGUGUAUUAGAAAUUACAAGCAUCGUCAUGGGAUUCGUGGUGGGGUUUUGGAGUUGUUUUGGCAUAAUGAUCAUCAAACAGUCUCUAAGGGUUGCUCUCUUCCGUUUGACAGACAAGACUGGUGAUUGGGUCUUCGUGCAGAUGGCAGUAAGGUUUGCAAGGCUGAAGUCCAAGUCGAGAAGAACCACAUGAACUGUCGCAGGAAACUUGGGUGGCACGUUUACUAUUACAGCUUGAGAUCAUACGGUCCUUUCCACUAAGUCGCCCAUAUGUAUUAUGAUGUAAUGCUAUCAGCAAAAACAACGCCAACUGUCUAUGCUGUUCUAUUUAUGUUUCAUGUAUUUGUUUAGCAUACUGGGGCUUGUCCAUCUAUGGUCAUUUUGAAGCUAUGGAAAUUGGAGAUGAAUCACCAACAAGUGAUGCUGCUCACUGAAGGAAGUUUAUGAUGGAUUGAUUCUCUCAGCCACAGUGAUCAUGAUAAAGUUGAAUUUGUCCAGGCUGCCACCCUUCCUAUUGCUACUGUUUCUGAAGGCAGUGAAACUUAAUUUGCAGCAUCAAUUAUUUGUUUCUUGUCCAGAAACAAUCAACCUUGUCGAGAGAUUGAGAAACAAGAAGUUGUCAUAAAUUGUUCAACACAUCAGUGUCAAAGAUUAGAGCGCACAAACAUCAAGAAAUUGAAUGUAGUCCAGCAGAAGCAUUUAGUUCUCCAGCAUCCAUCUGAACAGAAGUGUGAAUACACUACUGAAUUCCAUUGAGGUGUGUGCAGUCUGCUUACAUAAUGGCUUACUUCAGCAGAUUUCAGCUGAGAAACUUGUCUGCAACAUCAACAACUUCAAAAGAAACCACACCACCUCACCAUGUUCAAUUUCUUUUCUCAUUGAGCAAUUAUCAGAGUGGCCAGCCAGCAAAAUCCAAAGAGAAAAAGGGAAAAGGCAGACAUCAGCUACAAUGAUUAAGCUAGUAAGUAAUAUAUGCAUGGUGGGAAUGCAAUGUAACUUUCUUGGAAUUCAAUGAUUAAGAUGUCUAUUCUCUCUUUGUACUA